AUGAGCCAGCUCUAUAGCAGCCACCCCCAUCACCCCCACCCCCUCCCCGCCUCUCUGGGCAGCACCCCCAUGGUGUACCUCUAUGGGGCAGAGCCGGGAGGGCUGCCCGGGGCGGCGGCGGCGGCUCUGGGGUUCGCCCCCGCCGGAGUCCUCUCCAGGCAGGAGCCUCCGCAGAAGCCGCCCUACAGCUACAUCGCCCUGAUCGCCAUGGCCAUCAAGGAGGCUCCGGGUCAGAAGGUGACCCUGAACGGGAUCUACCAGUUCAUCAUGGACCGCUUCCCCUUCUACCAUGACAACAAGCAGGGCUGGCAGAACUCCAUCCGCCACAACCUCUCGCUCAACGACUGCUUCGUCAAGGUGCCCCGCGAGAAGGGCCGGCCGGGCAAGGGCAGCUACUGGACGCUCGACCCCCGCUGCCUGGACAUGUUCGAGCACGGGAACUACCGCCGCCGCAAGAGGAAGCCCAAAGCCGCCGCCGCCGCCGCCGCCGGGAGCCCCGUCGGGGCAGAGGAAGCCGAGCUGGAGAAGCCCCUGGGAGACGCGGAGGAGCAGCCUCCGGAGCGCCCCCGCGGCCCUGCCACGUCGGAGGAGGAGCCAGGCGCGGGCAGGCUGGCCCCAGAGGCGGGAGGGGGCCGCUCUGGAUCGGGCCCAGCGAGCGGGCGCCUCCGCCAGCCUCACCUCCAGGUGACCCCCGCCAGCUGCGCGGCUAUUCGGAGCUCCUCGGGCUCGGCGCCGUCCCCCGAGGAGCCGGCCGGCAGCUUCGACGGAGAGGACGCUCCUGUGCGCGCCGGCGGACCGGCAGCCAAGAGGGGCCCUGGGCAGCCGGCGCCUUCCCUGGGGCGGCCCCCAGGGCCCCCCGCAGCCGCCCCGGAGGACGCGGCGGCGGCGGCAGCCCCACGAAGCGCCGCCAACCCCCAGAGCUUCAGCAUCGAGAGCAUCCUGGCCAAGCAAGCCCUCCGCAGGCCGGCCAAAGGCGAGGCCAAGGAGGGCGCCUCCAAAGCGGACGGGCUGUUGGCCAGCGCCGAGACGCACGCGGCUUUCCACGCCUCGCUGGUGCUGGACUCGCAGCUCCAAGGGCGCUUCUACCAGCUCGGGAUCCCCUUCCUCUCCUACCUGCCUCUCCGCUUCCCCGAGACGGCCUUCCACUUCCAGUAGCCCCGACGACCGGCGCUCGCUGCUUCUGCGCCGGAGCUGGAAGGACCCUGCAAGCGGGACGGAGGGCGGGCAGAGGAGGCGUCCGCGCCAGGUGCCGCCGGCCCGGGCACAGGGCCCCACCGCGACUGGGUCCGGAGUUCCCACGUGUAGGCCAACCCCGCGUCAGCCAGAUCGGGCCCUUCUUUGGAAACCAGAAGGUGUCUACACGCCACCUGGGUCUUGAAGGUUCGCUCGGAACCUCGCCCACCUCCCAAAGACCAUUGACUUCCAAGUAAGCUCAGCUGAUUUUUCAUUUGCGAUUUAGGACUUGAGGAGGCGUCCAAGCAAACGCCACAUUUUCUUGACAACUUUGCGGAUCGCGCGCCUGGAAAGCGAGCGAAUCUUCUAGUUGCCAGACUACCCCGCUCCCGCCGCGUUUGCCCCAUAACCUUGGCGCAUUGUUAGAGAACUGCCAAGACGCAACCCCCACUUGCUCUGGGAAUAAGCCCUACUGAACACGGUGGGACUUCCUUCCUAGGAAACGCGCAUCGGAUUGCGCCGUUAGGAACGUGUGAUCCUAAACAAACUCGACGCGCAAGCAAAUCGCCUUCGACGAAUGGGACUUACGAGUGAACAAGCAUUUUCUGUACAGGACUUCCCCAUCCCCUUCAUUGUUUAACCUCCCUUGCUUCUGCAUCGAAGUGGACCCAGUCGAUGGUCUCUAGACUCCAGAAAAAUAAAUGGCUACCGAAUUAUUGGGGACCAGCAGCUGAGGGGAUUUUCUGCAACAGGAAAAUGCCGCAGGAUUUUCAACACACCAGUUUGUUUGUUUUUUAAGAUUUUAAACAAAUGUUAGAUGGGAUUUGCAUACGGGGGACUCAGUUCUUGCUCGGCUCCAAACGGGGCUCAUUCCAGACCGUUUGCUUCACCUGGCUGUUUCUUUUAAAGCACUCUUAAUAGGGUUUCUGUAUUUAGACAGAAAACACUCCGCGCGAUGCUCUUCGGAGAAGCUCUCUGAACUCCAACUGGAUCUCAUUAGAGACUCGUUCACAAAACCAAAUUGACCACAACAACAAACCUGCAGGUGAAAUUUGACUUAUGGGAAACUGGAGACACCUUCCAGCCAUAUCCAGGGACACUUUCUCCAAACAUUUAUUUUUAAAAUUUUAAAUGAUUCCAAGGUCGCUUUAUAGACAAUCCAGAGCAGCUUCUAUUCUGGCUAGAAAUAAGCGAGGCUUUCUUUGUAUAUGAGCAGGUAAAUGUCCUUUAACGAUGUUUUUUAAUUAAAAAAAAACCUAAUAUGUUCAUUAUGCAACAAAAGUAAACCUAUAGUCAAUAAAAUAUUUUGUUAAAAGAA